AUGGCGGCCGCCGCCAUCUCCCACCUCCGCCGCGGCGCGCAGCGCCACGCGGUGCUAUGCAUCUCGCUGUCGCGCCGCCGCUUCUCCUCCUCCGCCGUGGCCUCGGCCUCCCCGCUCGCCGCGGCGGCGCGCCGCCUCCUCUCCACGACGGUGGACUCCGCCACGUCCACGUCGGGGGAGCACUACAAGCCGCCGCCCUUCGACCCCUUCCGCGCCGCCACCCUAUCGCCCUCGGCUCUGCCGCUAGAGUCGCUCCCGAUCGAGGAUGAGCCCCCGAGCAGCCCACCGUCACAGGAUGUGGCGGCCGCGUCCGUGGCGACGCUGGCGUGCCAAGAGGUGGAAUUAGAGGGCCUCAAGGCGGGGGUGGAGGCGGUGAAGAGCAGGGAGGAGUAG